AUGGAGGCUGGAAUUUUAUGCUGCCCAGGACAAAGGCAAGUCCUAUUUCUCUUUCUAUUUGGUGGAGUAUCCUUGGCAGGUUCUGGGUUUGGACAAUAUUCAGUGACAGAGGAAACAGAAAGAGGAUCAUUUGUGGUUAAUCUGGCAAAGGAUCUGGGGCUAGGGGACCAGGAAUUGGUUGCAAGAGGAGCCCGAGUAGUCUCUGAUGAUAACAAACAACACUUACUCCUGGAUCCUCAGUCUGGAGAUUUGCUCACAAAUGAGAAACUGGACCGGGAAAAGCUGUGUGGCCUCAUAGAGCCCUGUAUACUGCAUUUCCAAAUUUUAAUGGAUAACCCCUUUCAGAUUUACCAGGCUGAGCUGAGGGUCAGGGACAUCAAUGAUCAUUCACCAGUGUUUCGGGACCAAGAGACAGUCUUAAAAAUAUUAGAAAAUACAGCUGAAGGGACAGCAUUUCGACUAGAAAGAGCAGAGGAUUCUGAUGGAGGACUUAAUGGUAUCCAAAGCUACACCAUCAACCCGAACCCUUUUUUCCAUAUUAAAAUUAGUGACAGUGAUGAAGACAUGAUAUAUCCGGAACUAGUAUUGGAUAAGGCACUGGAUCGGGAGAAACAGCAUGAGCUCAGUUUAACACUUACAGCACUGGAUGGUGGGUCUCCACCCAGGUCUGGGGCCACCACAAUACGAAUUGUGAUCCUAGACAUCAAUGAUAAUGCCCCCCAGUUUUCUCAGACCAUCUAUGAGACCCAGGCCCCAGAAAACAGCCCAGUAGGAUCCCUUAUUGCAAAAGUGUCUGCAGGAGAUGUAGAUUCUGGAGUCAAUGCAAACAUAUCCUAUUCAUUUUUUGAUGCUUCUGAAGACAUUCGAGCAACCUUUCAAAUCAGUCAUUUUUCUGGAGAAAUUGUUCUCAUAGUGUUGCUUGAUUAUGAGCUAGUAAAGUCGUACAAAAUAAAUGUACAGGCAAUGGAUGGAGGGGGCCUUACUGCAACAUGUACUAUUUUGGUGGAAGUAUUAGACAUCAAUGACAAUCCCCCUGAACUGAUCAUGUCAUCACUUUCCAACUAUGUUGCUGAGAACUCUCCUGAGACGGUACUCGCUAUUUUUAGAAUUAAAGACAGAGACUCUGGAGAAAAUGGAAAGAUGCAUUGCUACAUUCAAGAUAGUCUGCCAUUCCUUCUGAAACCCUCUGUAGAAAAUUUUUACAUUCUAAUGACAGAAGGAGGGCUGGACAGGGAAAGCCAAGCUGAGUACAACAUCACCAUCACCGUCACGGACUUGGGGACCCCCAGGCUGAAAACGCAGCACAACAUCACCGUGACGGUGUCCGACGUCAACGACAACGCCCCCGCCUUCAGCCAAACCACCUACACCCUGCGGGUCCGCGAGAACAACAGCCCCGCCCUGCACCUAGGCAGCGUCAGCGCCACAGACGCAGACUCGGGCGCCAACGCCCACGUCACCUACUCGCUGCUGCCGCCCCAGGACCCGCAGCUGCCCCUGGCCUCCCUGGUGUCCAUCAACGCGGACAACGGGCAGCUGUUCGCGCUCAGGUCCCUGGAUUACGAGGCGCUGCAGGCGUUCGAGUUCGGCGUGCGCGCGGCCGACCGCGGCUCGCCCGCGCUCAGCAGCCAGGCGCGCGUGCGCGUGCUGGUGCUGGACGACAACGACAACUCGCCCUUCGUGCUGUACCCGCCGCAGAACGGCUCUGCGCCCUGCACCGAGCUGGUGCCCAGGGCGGCCGAGGCGGGCUACCUGGUGACCAAGGUGGUGGCGGUGGACGGCGACUCGGGCCAGAACGCCUGGCUGUCGUACCAGCUGCUCAGGGCCACGGAGCCCGGGCUGUUCGGCGUGUGGGCGCACAACGGCGAGGUGCGCACGGCCAGGCUGCUGAGCGAGCGCGACGCCGUCAAGCACAGGCUGGUGGUGCUGGUCAAGGACAAUGGCGAGCCGCCGCGCUCGGCCAGCGUCACGCUGCACGUGCUGCUGGUGGACGGCUUCUCGCAGCCCUACCUGCCGCUCCCGGAGGUGGCGGCGGCCGAGGCGCAGGCCGACCCGCUCACCGUCUACUUGGUCAUCGCCUUGGCGUCCGUGUCGUCGCUCUUCCUGUUCUCGGUGCUGGUGUUCGUGGCGGUGCGGCUGUGCAGGCGGAGCCGGGCGGCGUCUGCGGGUCGCUGCCCGGUGCCCGAGGGCCACUUUCCGGGCCACCUGGUGGACGUCAGCGGCACGGGGACGCUGUCCCAGAGCUACCAGUAUGACGUGUGCCUGCGGGGCGGCUCGGGGACCAGUGAGUUCAAAUAUCUCAAGCCCAUUAUCCCCAAUAUCCAGGCACAGGACUCUGUGGGGAAUAGUGAAGACAAUCCCACCUUUCGAAAUAGCUUUGGAUUUAAUUUCCAGUAAAAAU